AUGUGUUGUGAUCUACAGUUGCGCAAAGGUCCACGCCGACAGAACACGUUGACAUGGAUGGACGCCGUUCAAGCCUGCCUAGACGACUACACUUCUUGGGACCGUCGUCUCGAUGGCAAAAUCGGUGUUCGUGUUCACGAUAACGUCCAAACUUGUCAAGUUGCACGCAUCAGCCCGAGAUCUAUCGAAACACGUCCCAUCAAGACUCAAGCCGACUACAUCAAGGAGGAUCUUCGCCCUGCCAUUGAACUUCUUGUGUCACACGAGAAGAUGAGAAUGGCAGAAUUGACUCAAGCUGCGAGCGGCAAACGAGAAGAAGAUGCAGGAAAGUGGUGGCACAAAGCGCAAGAUUGA